CGAGGGCAUAAGAUUUGCCAUGGAAAAGAUCGAAUUAUGCACACACGUGCACGAAGACAACGCAAACACAGAGACGCACACGCGUACAAGCGCGCACACGCGAUGGCACAGGUAAGAAGAGCGUGGAGAGAUCGCACAUCACUGAUCAAUGAACAUCUACAGCCAUCAGCCAUUUCGCGGUGAUUUAUGAAGCAGGCGGAGAACACGAGGUCGCUGCCUCUGAUCACUCAGCGCUCUCAGUGUUGCUUCCAGAUCGAUGAGGUGUCGGUGGUCGUCUCCUCGCACUGGUCUGUCAUCGCCUGACGACAGCGACAAAUCAGCCCAGCAGACGUGAGCAGGACGUCAGGCGGGAUGCCAGCCAUCCUUACCUGCACAGCACCAAGCCACUGGCCGACACCUGAAAAUUGCAUCCAUGGCGACAGCAACUUUUGUGAAGAGACGACUAUGCACCAGACUCACCUGCCGCCGGUGGCUGUGGUUGCUGUUAGUGCCGGGCGUGUGGUUGUUCUUUGGUUUUAUCAACAGCUUGCAAGGAUCUAUAUUACAAGUCCAAAUCUCUUCUCUUCGAUUUCCGUUUGAUGAGGCGGAUUCUGCCGGAAGAUAAAAGCAACGAUAAAUUGUUGUUCCCAGCCCGCAAAAUCAUUCUGUUCACGUACGGUCGCAGCGGUUCGUCCUUCACCUCGGCCAUUAUUCAGCGGCAUCCAGACAUAUUCUACACUUUUGAGCCUUUAUACAACCUCCUGAGGAGAACCAUCGGGCUUCAGGAAGGACGCAAUCACUUCUGGCUGCCAAACAACUCGCGGGAACAGUUUGACAAGUCAUCAAUCCAGAUCAUCCAAGCGUUCCUCAACUGCAGCUUCGAAAGUGUCGACAUUCAGGACGUGGACAACUACCAGCUCCGCAACUCCUUGGAUAGCCGUCUUCUGUGGAAAUGCAUCCACAUUCCUAAAAUGACAGCCAAGGAGGCUCUGGAAUGCUUUCUGAAAACCCGGAAGGAUUGCUUGGGUCACCGAGUGCGCAUGGUCAAGACUAUUCGCAUGACGGGCUCUGCAGCCGCCCGCAUGAUGGCGUCACACAAGGACCUGCGCAUUCUCUACCUCAUACGUGACCCCAGGGGCACAAUAACAUCCCAGAAGAGAGUGUUUGGCAACUUCGAGUGGGACAAGGUGGACGCCUUUUCCAAGAACUUUUGCCGGACUUUUCAGAGUGAUUUGAAUGACUUGGAGCCGCUGUUCGUGGCUUACCCAGGUCGGAUCAAGUUGCUGAGGUACGAGACCCUGGCGGAGGCGCCCAUGAAGGUUUCGCAAGAGAUGUACGAGUUCCUGCAGCUCAACUUCACACGAGACGUGUACGAGUUCGUCUACAACAAGACGUCUGCGGGACAAAAGUCCAUGCACUCCUACAGUACCACGAGGGCUAACUCAUCUACUGCCGCAUACACCUGGCGCUCCUUCUUGCCUCUUCAUCAUGCCAAAGUCAUCGAUAAAAACUGUCAGUACGUUUACGACAAGCUGGGUUAUCUGCCUGUCACCAGUCUCGAGGAACUUCGGUCCACAAAUCACAGCUUAAAACUUGAUGAUGUGAUAUUCAAAGGCGUACGAAUUUAAAUGUUUUGGUGUUUUCAUGAUUUUUUUUAUCUGAUGUUGAAGAAACUGUAAAAAACAACAACAAAAAAACCAAAAAAAAAAACAAAAAAAAAACAAAACAAAACAAAAAAACAACAAAAACCAACAACAAAAAAACAGGAGUAUAAAAAUACAAGAAUUAAAAUGACAGUAGAUCUGUAAUAGUCGCAUUCCUGAACACCAUCAACUGCAGUUUACUCGCACUCUUUGGUUGUUGUAGCUCGAAAUAAUCAAUUGAUAGAAACAUAUCGUCAUUAUUUAUCCACAGCUGUUACAUCGACUUUAAUUUGAGAUUAAAAAGCAUGAUGAAGGUUUAUAUUCCUCCAAACUGUGCCGCAAAGCCCGGCAGGUGCUUUUUUUUGGUUUGUAAAAAUGAAGUUCAGCUCGAAUGUACUAGGGUUUACAAUUUGUUAUUACACCCAUUUUUCAAUGUAGGCACAGUUUAUGGGCUGAGAGUGUAAAGGUCGAUGCUCGCCCGGAGAGGGAGACCGUUGGCACAAGACCAGACUUCGUUACAGACGCAGACUGAGGCGUUUUCAUUGGGGAUUGUACACAAAACAGCACCUCGUAUGUUCUAGCAAUGCAAUAAGUGUUUCUGGAUGUACAAAGUUUGGACCGCUAGAACGGAAAUCAGAGUGUACACAGGAGGACAUAACCCCAGGUCUGUGACUUUGUCUCACCAUCAGUCUGUGGGACAAUCCAGUGAAUAUCUACAUGUGAGGGUGUGAGAGAACAAGACGGGCAUAGUUUCUGUUGAGGUAGUGUAAGAGUGUGUGUGUGUGUGCUGUUGGGAAGUUUUAUAUCUUGUUAUUAAAUGAUGACAGGACCUGUAAAGGGAGAACUUUCUUUUCUUUUGUGGAGUGAAAAGAGUUCGUAGAUGUCGGCGCAUGCUAAGAGUGGGAGGUGGGUGCGUUUAUGCAUGAUGUGACAUUCAAUUAAAAUGUUCAAACGGAAAUUCACUCAACAGACUGGUAAGUAAAUCUCCAUUUUCAGACAAUGGAACAACAAUCAUGAUCAUUGUAUUACUGAUUCUCUGUUACUAAGUGGGUGUAUUUGAGUGAGAUUUUCCAUGUGUAAUGUUGUUAAUAAACUAUAAACACAUUUCAA